CUGUCUGAACGUUUUUUCGGUUUUCUAAGCCCCUCUCUCUCUCUCUCUCUCUCUUUCUCUCUCAUAAAUCCACUGUUUGUCUCUCUUCCUUCGUAACCCGUAACCGGAAAACCUCGUUUCUCGCCGGAAAACCAGGGUUUUCUCCGGCGAAGAGCCUCAGCGUCUCGCCGGAAAACCGGGGGUCCCUGUCUCAUUCUCUUCCUUUGGUUAACAUUUCGUUUUCCGUGGCUCGGGCUUAGGACGCCUCGGAUCUCCGAUUCUGAACCGGUCCGGUCUCGCUGGUGGCGUUUCGAGAGAAUGUGGCGCGCCUGGUUCGCCUUGAAGGCUUGGUGUUGAUUUUUUGAUUGCUGGAAUCGCGAUCUAGGGUUUGGUUGUCGGGAUUCGGAUUCGGUUUGUGGUUGUUUUGGAUUCUGUGCUCGGCCGAGCAAACGAAGACGGAGGCCUAUACAGAAGGGCUUCGGAAUGAGAUGGUAGAAGGAAGGGGCUGUUUUUCCAAAGAAGCUAAAAAUGGGUUAGAAUUUCUGAAGCGUAAAAGGCUUCAGCGAAUGAAAUCAGAAACCGUUACUCAGACUGUGAGGGUCACUAACGUGAUGACUAGGAGUGGAGGAGAUGCUUUGAGAGCUACAGGAUCAUGUGGUGUGAGGCUGCAUGGUGGUGCAGAAGUCUUUUCAAAGCGCAAGGUUGACAAGUUUGACACAAGCGAUUUAGAAUGGACUGAGAAAAUUCCGGAGUGCCCUGUAUACCGUCCAACAAAGGACGAGUUUGAGGAUCCUUUGGUCUAUUUGCAGAAGAUAGCUCCAGAAGCCUUGAGAUAUGGUAUAUGCAAGAUUAUUUCCCCAUUGAGUGCUUCCGUUCCAGCUGGGAUUGUAUUGAUGAAGGAGAAAUCUGGUUUCAAGUUCACAACUAGAGUACAGCCUCUUCGUUAUGCAGAGUGGGACUCUGAUGACAAGGUCACCUUUUUCAUGAGUGGAAGAAAUUAUACAUUUCGUGAUUUCGAGAAAAUGGCAAACAAGGUUUUUGCUCGUAGAUAUUGUAGUGUGGGAAGUCUUCCUGCCACAUACAUGGAAAAAGAUUUUUGGCAAGAAAUUUCUUGUGGGAAGACAGAAACUGUUGAAUAUGCAUGCGAUGUUGAUGGUAGUGCCUUUUCAGCUUCUCCCAGUGAUCAGCUUGGAAAUAGCAAAUGGAAUUUGAAGAAUCUUUCACGGUUGCCGAAGUCCAUUUUGCGUCUUCUGGAUAGAGCUAUUCCGGGUGUCACUGACCCUAUGCUUUACAUUGGAAUGCUGUUCAGUAUGUUUGCUUGGCAUGUGGAAGAUCAUUACUUGUACAGUAUAAAUUAUCAUCACUGUGGGGCAGCAAAAACUUGGUACGGCAUUCCAGGUCACGCGGCUUUGGAAUUUGAAAAGGUGGUCAGGGAACAUGUCUAUACUCGCGAUAUUUUAUCAACUGAUGGCGAGGAUGGAGCUUUUGAUGUUCUUCUGGGGAAAACUACUUUGUUUCCACCCAAUAUUUUGUUGGAACAUGGUGUACCUGUCUACAAGGCUGUGCAAAAGCCUGGGGAGUUCAUAAUUACCUUCCCAAGAGCAUAUCAUGCUGGAUUUAGUCAUGGUUUCAAUUGCGGCGAGGCAGUGAACUUUGCAAUUGGUGAUUGGUUUCCGUUGGGGGCUGUAGCUAGCCGGCGCUAUGCAUUUCUUAACAGGGUACCUCUGCUUCCUCAUGAGGAACUUCUGUGUAAUGAAGCAAUGCUUCUCUAUACGAGUUUAGAACUUGAAGAUUUGGACUAUUCAUCUGCAGACUUUGUCUCUAAUCGUUGGGUUAAGAUUUCUUUUGUAAAUCUGAUGCGUUUCCAGCAUUGUGCCCGAUGGGCUUUGAUGAAAUCAGGGGCUUGCACUGGUGUUUCUUCAUUCUCGCAUGAAACUAUUGUAUGCAGCAUAUGCAAACGGGAUUGUUAUGUAGCUUACAUCAACUGCAACUGUUACAUGCACCCUGUGUGCCUUCGCCAUGAUAUUGAGUCUCUUGGCUUCUCGUGUGGGAGUGAUUAUACUCUCUUUUUGAGGGAGGAUAUUUCAGAAAUGGAAGCUGCAGCCAAGAAAUUUGAGCAGGGAGGAGGGGGAAUAUCAGAGGAGAUUCAUCGGCAUGCUAGAAGUGGUAAUGACUUGGAUUCGCCUCGGUUUUCACAUAUGUUUCAGAGAGCUGAAGAAGAUGGAUAUUCUCCUUAUUGCGAGAUAAAAUUUGAGUUGAACCCUCAGCUUUCUGUUACAACUCAGUUGUCACAAGAGGUAGAGUGUGUUGCUGAUAGCCAGCCCGUGUUGAGUUCUGCCAAAGAAAAUAUGAGAUCUGAAGUAUCUGAAGCCUCUGUUUCUUAUGCUGCAUCAACUCUUUCUUCUUCAGUAGAGCCUCUUGAGAGUUCAUCUGUACCAAACAAUGUAAAGGGGAAUGCUAACUUUAAUUUUGGGAAUCCUGACUCUAAAAAGUAUUCUGAAGAAGCUUCACGGUGUGCAUAUGAAUCUUAUCUAUCCUCACAGUCUUGUGAUGAAUAUUGGACUUCACUUCCGAACAAUCUUCAUAGACCAGGGGUUAAGCCUAUUGUGGAUCAAGACAGUGAUGAUUCUGAUUCAGAGAUAUUUAGGGUCAAGCGUCGUACUUCACUGAAGGUGGAUAAAAGAGAUGUGAAUGAGGCCAUGCGCGCAAAACAUUCUGAUCACCAGGGGCUUAAACGGCUGAAAAAAGUCCAGGCUGAAGGGAGAUGCGAGCAAGUGGUGCGCUCUGAUUGCUGCAGAACCGAUGAAUCUAAUUGUAAAUCUGUUCCCCCUAGUAAUUGUAAAGAAGCUCCAGAUAGUGCUUUGAGGGACAGGUUUGGCAGAGGAAGUGGCAUUCCCAUUUCCAUAAAGUAUAAGAAGUUGGGCAAUGAGGAAGCAAUAAGUAGACAGCGAGAACACCACAGGAAGGAUAGUAGGUAUCAGCUUGAAUUGGGAAAGGCCAUAAGGGAACCACCCCCAACAGAGAACGGGCCGAAGCGCCUUAAAGUCAGAGGCCCGUCAUACGUAGGGACAGAGAGCAGGUUUGAAUUGAAGUUUAGAUCACUAGAGUGACAAGAGAAAUCUUCUUGGCCUGCCAUAUAAUCUUGAGAGAGCCUGACUUUGCUAACUUGAUUUUCUCUAAUGGGGUUCUAACAAUACGGAUAAUCUAAAAAGAUUGAUUAUGGGAGCAGUGGCAAAAAAAUUAACCAAGAUUAGGAUUAAAAUUUAUAUUCUUUGUGCAGGCCUCAAAUUGGGGCAAUAUGCACGGGUGGUGAUUCUUGGGGUUCUUCGGCCGGGGUGUUUUUCUGUGUCUUUGGCAGGAGAACCUUCCUGCAGCAUGCUAGAAGGUUGAUCUCAUUAGUGAAUGAUGUAAAUUUGUUUGUUUUUUUUUUUUUUAAUCACUCUGAUUAAUUUUUGUGGAGAAAGUGGGUGUGUACACCCAUUGGUCUCUAAUUUUAAGCUCAAGUCCCGCUGCAUCCCUUGCUAGGUUCUUUAUUCAUUUUGUAGCAAAUUGGUCUUUUGUACCUUGGACUACUUUAAUAAAAUGCAGAGAAAUUACUUUUUUCUCUUUAAUAUA